AUGCACGACUCCGCGAAGACCUCGUACGUGGAGUCGCUGGCAACAGACGAUGUGGAAGGGCACUGCCCCCAGGUGUCGGACGGACUGACGUGUUGGCCACCGACGCGGAACGGAGACACGGCGGCGAUCCUCUGCAGCAUCGUCAUCCAACCUUGGUUCGAUCCCGACCUCUUCACUCCGCCGGAUGAAGACGCCGUGGCGUACCGAAUGUGUCGGGUGAACGGGACGUGGGCGGAGAAAUCCAGCUACACGUCUUGCUCCAAUCACAUCUUCCAAGCCCAGAGCAAAAACUUGAAAACGGAUUUUGAGGUGCCGCCGGACUCGUCUCGCUCCGCUAGUAGAGUGCCUCCAGACACCAAGGGUGGUGGACUGGAUGGGUCUCAAACGAGGAAGGUGAUGAAAGCGAUCAACGUCAUCAGCUUCACCCUCGGCCCCGUCUCUUUCGUUUCCCUCGUCGUCUCCAUCUUCAUCUUUCACUACUUCAAGAGCCUGGAGAACGAUCGGACCCGAAUCCAUCGGCAGCUGUUCCUGGCCCUGGCCAAUUAUACCCUCUGCAUGAUCCUCCUCGACGUCCUCUCUCUUCACCGCUUCUUCGAAAUCCAAGAGCUUUGCAAGAUCCUCAAGACCCUCGUGAUUUAUUUCUCCAUAUCGAGCAUCGAGUGGAUGUUCGUGGAGGGUCUUCAUCUGUACAGCCGAUUGGUUGCAAGCGUCUUCGAUUCCCGGGUCCCUCAUCGCCUCUAUCAAGCCAUCGGAUGGGGGGAAUAUGAUUGGUCUGGGCUCCAUGAAUCUGCCUGGAAUAUGGGGAUAGCAAACGAUGAAGUGACCGUGUUCAUUGAUUCCUGUAAUGAGACUAGGCGAGGCGAGGUAUUAAACACUCCUGUGAAGGAUGAUUCCAGUGAAAGGGAGAAGUUUGUGUACUGUUCGGAAAGGAAUGCCAAACCACCAGGAAAAUUGAUUCUUCCAGGUUUGCCCGGAGCGUGCGUCUGCGCGUGGAUGGUGUCCAUGGUGAUAUGGGAUGACGACGGACCUUCUCACGAAGUCGAAGAAGAGGAGACAGAGCAAGACGAUGAGGUAGAUUUUGGAUGCUGGGCAGGAUUCGCAACGGAUCCUAGAGUGUGGAUCCUCCUCCUUCCCAUGGUUCUCUCCCUCACCUACAACGAAUUGGAGCUUCUCUCGUUCGGUCGAACAGGAGAGAUGGAGCAGAAACAGUCUCGAGACCCUAUUUCUGAAGGGAUUAUAGUCAGGAGUCAGGAGAGGAUGUUCAACGCAGGGGUGCCAUCAUCGCACCUAAUGGAAAAGGGCAUCCCUGCAACUAUCAAUCCUAAUCCUGUGAAUUUAACGCUUCUGAAAAUCAGUGCGAACGUGUAUUUCUUGGCCCAUAUCGUUUACAUCUUGGUCAAGAAACUGGUCGAGAGCAGCGAGUCUGCCCAAAUCAGGUACGAACUCGACCGUCUGAACGAAGAAGAGAGAGAGUGA